UUUGUCAGCCUCGAGUCAAGCCCAUAACUCCGUAAAAAUCGCGCGGGUGCCGUAACGUUCUGCCUACGCAAAGAGCUACAAAACUGAAUCAUCUCUUUCAAGCCGAAGGAUUACAGGUAAACAUUCUGCUAAAUCGAGCUGUUUAUUUCGCUAUGUGAAGUAUUCCGGCACAGCAUGCUUUGAAUUUACCCAUCUUUUCACGGGCUGUUAUCGGCCCUUUUGGUCUUCGUUCUCAACUAUCAGAGUUGCUUUGUCUAUGGCCGAAUAAGGUUUUAAAAAGUUGGACUUAGGUUGGAAGGAGCCGUUCAUAAAAAUAUCUUGUUAUGGCAAAUGAUUCUAAUUUUCAGAGGAAAACAUCAGUUGGGUUAGUAUAGCGUGCAUUUUCUCGAAAUAAAAAAAAAACAUUCCUCUUUCUUUCAAUUUCGUUUAGUGUCACUCAGUCAAAGUAAACUUGCUAACGUGUCUCUAACCAGACGUUAUCUCUCGAUAUGAACGUAAACUGUAUAAAUACACAAAAGUAUAAUGUACAUUUGACUUAGAAGGACCAUCAUAAGUUCUUUUUCACAGAUCAAAACUAUGUUAACUGUAAUUUAUACGCCUCUUGACGACAUUAUUACACAAGAACUCACACAACAGCAUCAUGUUUAGUAUGCACUAUUCUCUAGUUAUCUUUUCAGUAAUUCACAGAUUGAGUAAGCUCAGUAAGACUCUCCGCUCAUCGGUGACCAGUUGGAAGUCAGUUAAAGGAGUAACUACGUGCUUUGUUUACAAAAUGUCAACACUAGUUAAAGUGUAUUUUCAGCAAAGAGUUUUAUUCUAAUACGUCACGACGUCAAUGUUUGAAAUUUUCAGUGCCAGAACUUUGUAAAGGAACAUAAAACCUCGGAAAACUCAGCUUAGAUAGAAUUUUAAUUUUCGUUUGAAUGGCGAGUAUCCGCCUUAUGGGUGACCUCUGUCGAGACUACGCACCUUACAAUUCUCAAGUACUUUUGGACAGUAAUUACACGCUAUUUUUUCUGCACAUGAGAACAAGCUAUCACUCUAGCAUACAGUAAACACUUGAAUAAAGAGCACCCCUUGGAAAGCUUACAGUCACGUCCGGAGAUUAAGUUUGGCUGGCAUCAUAAGAAUGUAAUUUUCCACGAAAAAUAAGUAGGCACUAAGCUUCAAUAUUUAAAUUUUUUUCUAGAAUUUUUGACAUAUUUUUUAUUAUUGACUCAAGAUUAAAUUUACUCCAUACUUGUCGUCGGAAAAACUGGUUGACGGAUUUCGUCUGAUUUCGCCGGGACCAAAGGUUAACUAAUCAAUCGAUCGAAUAUCCGGCGAUAGUUUUAAUGCCCUAACACAUGGAUAUCUUGUUAAAAACUGAUGCGCGCAAAACAAAGGAAAACGUUUUUUUUUUCAGAAGGACUGGGCAUGCUCACAUGUGCGUUAGAUACAAAUGCCAUGGUCGCCAUACGAGUUAUUUUUUUCUUUUUUAGCAUUAUUAUUAUGACCAAAGCAUUAUUAUAUCUAAAGCAGUGUUAAAAAAUAUAUGAUCUCCCAGCGGUUUUUAUCUUGCCACCUACACAUCGCCGGGAAAUUGGAAAAUCUCACAAUUAAAGUUAAUUAAGGUCCAUAAAGUCAAAAGAGCAAGUUCUCCUUCACAAAUUGUCCUUAUUAGACAUGGAAAAUUUGUCCUCAUUGAUGGGAUGUAAGGUUUAUAAACACCGGCAGGCGGUGUCGCAAUGGUCCAUGGGAAGUGGAACCAGAUUCAAUACUUCCCCUGAUCACCCACUGUCGGGAGCCCAUGACCCUGCCCCUGGGGAGCUUGGGGAGCUUGGACACUAAGCUUAGAAUUGUAACGGAGCCUUCUCGUUUAGUUUCCAAUCCUUCCUUAACCGUUCGUAUGCAAUCAGUUCAGCUGGCCGCAGAGGUUCUUGAGGGUUAAGCCCUGAGAAUAGUGAUUAGGGUUAAGGACUGAUCAAUACUGAUAAGGGUUAGCACUGAGAAUAGUGAUUAGGGUGAAGCACUGACUCGAUAAACGGUUAGCUUCUAUUUGGGGUUAGGGUUGUUGCUAUAUAUCUUCAAAUCAAACCAUCAAUCGUCAGCAAAUCCUCAGUGGUGUAAUGGAAUGGGAGAUGGACUGCAGAUUCUACGCUUCGGGUUCGAGUCCUACUCGCGCCCUUCUAAUUUUUUCCCUAAAAAAUUGAAAAUACUUAGACCCUGUACUUAGAAUUUCAUGUGGGAAAAGGGAAACGGCUCAGAAUGUCUUGUGAGAGGGAAAUGUCAGUUUGGAGUAUGGAGAUGAGUGCUCCCCAAGAAAGUGAUCCCCAAAAAAAUUUUCGCGUGGCGGUGACGCAGGUGGAUUGGUCCCCAAGUCCCCGAUCGUGUCCCACAGUUGUCUAAAUAGCAGAUAACGCUAUCCACUGGAUAAAUUUCUAUCCAGUGGAUAACGCAAUUGGUUUUCCUAAUCCGCUGGAGAGCAAUUUAUCCGGUGAAUAGUGCUAUCCAACGUUUGACCACCCGGGCAGGUAGAAACUGGUCUUAAGAUUUGUUUUUGGAAUGAGUGAUGCAGUUCUCUUGCCCUUUAUGCAAGGUCCAUGGAUACGACCAAUGAAAAUCUAAGAUUUCUUUAUGUCCCGCUUCCCCCGAACCCCUAACUAAAAAAGUAAAUCUAAAAAUUAAAAAAAUCAAAAGGAAAAACAACAAUAUCUGAACAAAACUUAAGAUUUCUUACCUGCUUUCAAAUAAAAGAAAAAAAGGAAAAAACAAAUGUUUCCGGCCAGGAUUGAACUGGCGACCUUCCGCGUGUUAGGCGGACGUGAUAACCACUACACUACGGAAACUGCUACGACAAUUUAUGAAAAGUUAGAGAUGUCUUACCGUGGGGCACGAAAUUUUCGCGGGUUCUAAUUUUUGCGGUUUUUCCAACGAUCCGCAAAAAUAAGUUCCCGUAUAUAAGAAUUCCCGCAGACAUUUUUUCCAGAAAAAUUUACUCCAGAGUAAAUAUCAGAAAUAUUCUCUAACUUAAAUUCGCUACACAAUAAGACAGUACUAAGAAAUCGUGUCUGUUCAAUCACAGCUUGUCUCUUUCAUUCGGAAACAACGAAAUACUGGUUUAUUGCUUGAAAAUAUGUAUUUCUAUUGCACGUACUCAAUAAAAACGAAAAUGCUGGGUACUGGGUACUUUCUGAAAUUCGCAAAAAUUAAUUCCCAGCAUGUAAAACCAGUCUGUCCCAAUCACAAAAAAUAGUUUCCGCAAAACACAAAAAAUCGCCAAUCCGCAAAAAUUUCCUUCCACACGAUAUACACCUAAUUGCAAUAACGUUGUCUUAGAAAAAUGACAAAAGGAAAAAGCCAAAUAGAUCGUUUUCACUGUCACGCAACAAAAAAAUACAUUGGAAACCGUCCAGUGGAAGAAGCCAAGAAAAUGAAAUGUUAUAAAUUAAAAGACUAAUAUAUAAACAAUUUGUUCAAGUCUCAGGUCUUUGUGGCCCACAGUUUCUAAGUUAUUUGCCGAAACGUUUCACGCACUUUUGUAAAGCUUUGUAUGGAGACGCCAUAUUGGUGUACCGUUUUGGUGCACCAAUAUGGCCGCCGGAAAUCAACAAAAACAUCUGGAGUUCACUUUUUCUAUAAAAGCUCUUUCUUUUCACUCCAGAACUACGUACGCAUUGACAUAUCUUCUAAUACUUGAAAUGGUUAUACUGCUGAAAAUUAAAAGGAGAGACUUUUUUUCAACGAGACAGCAUUCCUAUUUUGGUGUCACGCACUGUGAAAACUCGGAAGUUCAAAUUGCUGUAUUUUGAAAUGGAACAUGCUACUGGAAUGGAAUCUUGUACAGAGAUUUAUUUUUUGUUUAUCUUCAACCUAGUGAAAAUAAGAAUUCGUAAAACCUCGCAAUUUGGACUUUACAAUUUGAUGACGUCACUGUGAAAACCAUCUAUAGGUGGUUUUCACGUUACGUCAUCGCCGCCGUGCAGGUGGACAGUGAACAAAAGAUUGCUCAGAAGGUCGUUUUGUUUGUCCACCAGCAUUUGUUCAUUUCACCAUUGUUAUUUGUGUCUGCUGAGAUUGGAUGAAAACCACCUAUAGGAAUUUAAUAGGCUAAUUAAGCCACAUUCUCGUGGUAGAUUCAUUUGCAACCGUUGCAUUUCCCCGCUGGAAUUUUCAGUUUUAUUUUCUUUCAGCUUGAAAACAAUAGCAAAUUCCAACAGGCAAAUACGACGUCCAUGCGCGGAUUCUGUAAAUAAAUUCGUUAGGCUUAUUAGCCGAAUUAAUUCCUAUUUGGCUUUUCCUUUUUUUCAUUUUUCUAUGACAACGUUUUUGCAAUUAGCUGUAUGUGAAUUGCAGUAAAAUGAAAUUGAAUACUGAACUGAAAUUCAGCCAGCAUUAUGCUGGAAGAGAUCUCAAAACGGAGACAUCUGUUAGUCAUCAGCAAAACAAACAUUAUUUUACGUAGUUUAACAUAAUCUUGGACAAAGUAGACAGGAAACUUAGACCCUCCCCUCCCUAAAUCAAGGAUGGGCAAAUGGCGUGAUUUCGCGACGUACUCGCGGCUUCAUCCUUAAUUUCGGGGAGAUAGGGCUUGGAGUGGGGUUGCCAUUCCAUUUAAGUCUGCCUAAGAUUGUAGGUAGGUGAAAAAUAAAGUUUAAUGCUACUUCAUAAACUGUUACCUGGUGGGUGAAACAGUCUAAUUAAAGAAUGGACGUCCGAAUGAAAACAUUCAAAAGAAAUAUUUAUCUUCUUGUCACUGUGUAUCCUGAUGUAUAUUAAACGUCUUGCACAUUUAUCGCGUACCGACGGACACAGUGUUAGAGGGGACCGAUUUCUCACUCUCUCCGCCGACAUCUUCGCAGAUGGUAGGUUACUGAAUCUCUAUAUAACCUAUCCCAGUCGAGUAUCAAAGACAAGCAAGAUGUCAUAAUAGAUAUCAUAAUGAUCUCUGCGAUCUUGAGACAAGUUAUUCCCCAUUUUCGUCCUUUUCCUCACAGUAUCGUAAAUCCUUCUGCCCAAACAGGAGAACACAGGAAAGAACAAAAACAACAUACACUUUAUGAUGGACUUAAUGAGCUUUUUAUCAGACGAGGAAUGGGAAACAGUGGCAGAACCGUUAAUGGAGGGUAAGGCCAAUAUUUGUUCCCGAACCGCCUUUCACAGGGGAGGGGAGGGGGAAAUCCCAACAAAUCAUGUCUUACCCCAGGGGUAGAAGAUAACACAGCGGUAACGUGGCCGAGCGGUCAAAGUGCUGGACUUGUAAUCCAGAGGCUCCGAGUUCAAGUCUCGUCCUGGGCCCAGUUGCUCGAAGCAUGGUUAGCGUUAACCAGCGUUUAAUACCUUGACAACGCAUUGGUUUUGAUACUGCUUAACCAAUGGUUAAGGCUAACCAUGCUUUGAGUAACUCAGCCCUGAUCGCUAACUGGAUUUGGAUUAAUUCUCGGUUGUCCCGAGUUCCAUUCCUGGCCACGCCUGUAAAAUAGCUGUUUUUGGUUUGCCUCCCACAAGUUGGGAUUCUUAACCUUGUUAUGUUCCAUUUGAUUAGUAUUUGUUUCAACAAUUUCAAGGAGAGCCUUAAGUAUAUAGUAUUAUCACUAUCACUGUCAUUAAUAUUAUUAUUAUAUUAUUAUUAUUAUUAUUAUUAUUAUUAUUAUUAUUAUUAUCACUACGAACGACGAGGUUGAGAGAAAUAGUAGUAUUAAAAGGGUACGAAAACGAGCGUGUUUAAAUCCCCCUGUUUUUCCCAGAACCGUACAAGAACCAAGCAACCAAUGAACCAACCAUAGAGAGGAAGGGGAAGAGGGGGAUUCAGGCGGUAGGAACCACAAACAAAAUACGGGGUAUCCGGAAGUAGAAAAUACAUACAGGAACUGAGGGGGGCGGUGAAUGUCUUGACUCUCCUCUCCAGCUAGCCCUGAAAACAAAUAUUGUGCUUGGUGCUUUCAUUUUUCAGGUUUUGAAGAAUUCCAAAUUGUUCACCGACACUCUUUAGGUAGCGGAAAGUACAAAUAUUCAGCCUUACAAAUCAAGGAUGAAAUUCCCUACGAGCUCCACAUCAGCGGUGCAUCAGAGAAGAGAGACCCUUUGAAGGAAAUUCAAAUGAUAAAACUGCGAGUGGAUGAUAACACUAUCACAGGCAUGGAUGACAACGGGGACUGUGUUGUUAGAAAGUCUUAAAACUAUCAUGUUUUACCCACUUAUUUUGGUGUGAAUUGCCGCCUGUUAAUAGUAGCUCGACCAGUCAUAAAGGCGGCAGCAGCUAGAACGUAACAAAACUAUGAUAUUUCAGUCUGGACCCUUCCUAGCAAGAAAGCGAAGCCAAAUGAUCACAUCUAGGGUAUUGAGGCUGAAAACGUGAACACAACUCUAUUUUCUCUCUUCUCUUUCUCAUCGUCAAUACCCUACGGAUGUUACAGUACCACCACUAGGGAUCCAUAAAAACUUUUUUGAGAUAGUUUAAAGAAUAUGGAAUACCUUUCUUACGGUUUUUGUGAUCUUUGCCGCCAUGUUUGCCUACUGGAGUCAACUGUGUAUUCACUGCUCCAUCAUUAAUCUCGUUCCCAGGAUUCUCUCUUCGAGGGAGGAAGAGAGAGGACCCUGGGAACGAAAGAAUGAUGAUUUUAAAAAAGGAUGAUGACGUAACUGAUUCAUGACUCCUGUGUGACGUCAUAUUUUCCGCUAUUAUCGAAAAUAAACAAUGACGGCCAUGUCUUAGCAGUGUUAUAGACCUGAAUACACCCGAACUACAACAACAAAAUAAUAGACUUUUAUUCAAAAAUUUAACAUAAGUGGGCUGACCUGCAGGUAGCAACUGCUAACGUAUAGGCCGGACAGACAAACAAACAAACAAAUUCUGUUAUGUAAAGUUUUAUUAAUGUUAGUGUCCCUUGGGUUGUAUUGCAAAGAAUUUUAAGAAUUUUUUUGUGUAGAAAACUGAGGCAACAAUAAUUAUAUCGUUGUUGCAGAGGCACUGUGUUACAAUUAAACAAAUUAAACAUUGCUC